AUGGGUUCUUUCUUGAAUGGCAAAAGCGUCAAAGAAUGGCAAAAAGCAUUUGAUCGACUGAAAGAAAUCCCUCUAGGAAACAUUCAUGAAAUAAUGAGGAUUGUUAUCGAUGGCUUGGAGGCCAACGAGAGGACUAUUUUUCUUGACAUCGCAUGUUUUCUUAAUGGAUAUGACCAUGAAGAGAUCAUCGAGUCCCUAGACCAAUGUGGUAUCUAUGCCAAUAGUGGGAUUGAGAUUCUGGCUCAAAGGUCGCUCAUAUACAUUGAUGAAAACAAUAAAAUAUGGAUGCAUGAUUUGCUUCAAGAAAUAGGUAGACGAAUCGUGAUUCAAGAGUGCCCGGCAAACCCUAGCAAGCGAAGCCGAAUAUGGCAUCAUGAGGAUGCUCUACAAGUGGUUAGGCAACAUUCGGGAACGGAUGCCAUUGAAGGUAUUAAACUAGACAAGGUUGAUGUAGAAGACUUGAUCGUGAAUGCAGUCUCGUUCAAAAAUAUGAAGAAGCUUAGGCUAUUUAUAAUGUCUGAUCAAGUCCCUCAUUGUGGACUAGCUGGACAUCUAUCGGAAAAGCUGCGGAGGCGUUUCGCACGGAACAACAAUAAUAUGUUCGCACGUUGGGAGGCAGUGCUGAAGCAAAUUUCCAAGGGGGAGCUACAUCGAGAAAGGGAAAAUUGGUGGGAGGGUGGUGUUUUGGCAGGGGCUGGGACUGGGUCUGACUCACGGCAGGGCCCGGCAGUGGUGUCGUCGAUAGAAACUACAGCGGAUCAGGCCGUGAUAGGGCCAAUGGCAGGAGUUGCGCAUGAGGAUAGUCACUUUUUGACAGAAGGUGAUCAGCAAUUUGUACCGGUACAUGGUGCACACGAACAGCCUCAAGAACAGCUCUCUCUUAAAAUUGUCCCCUCUUCAGUACUCGACCAUUCUCCUGAGGAUACUCCUGAGGUAAGAUCUCCUACCACACCUGACUCUUGUGAUGAUUCUGAUGUGGUUGUUGGAUAUAAAUUACCUGAUGGGCACAAUCGUGGCAAGCCCCCUAGUCGGUACUCACCAGACGUGGAGGAAUGA